AUGACUGCGCGAAACACCUGCCAGGAGCUUGUUUUCGACUGGUUGGACAACUCCGUGUUUAGGCGAAUUGCCGUGAGUGCGUCAGAGGAAAAAGGGAUCAUGCAAACAAUCGAUGCGUUGUCAUCAGAACUCAUUUCCAACGAAAGACGAGAUCAAAUUUACUAUGAUGGAUUGAUAGCCGAUUUGAGUGAAUCUGGUCGUGUUCGACGAUUCACAAAAGAGCGGUACAAUCUCGUGAACGGUCUAGAUGUCGUAAGUUAA